CCAAAAAAAAAAAAAAAAAAAAGUUCAUUUUUAAGCACGCGUCUGGGAUAGGGAAAGACCAACCAGUUGGGGCUUUCUCCCAGGGCUCCCGGGGGCUGUGUCUGUUUGCUGUUUGGUUUGCUUUGGUUUUGUUUCUGGAGGUGGCUUGCAGGUUUUUGGAGGAAGUGACUAGUUUGGUUGAGAGCUGGGAACUGAGUCAGGUAAGCCGUGUCAUGUUGUAACUCCACCAGAAAAUGGAGGAGAGCGGGUUUCCAGGAGACAAAGCUGAGAUGAGAAGUGUUUAUAAAAUUAUGGAUGUCUCCAUUUUGAAGCUCUGCUGGUGAUGGCUGGAGGAGGAGGCUUGCCUGCCUACUCCUGCUCCCUUUCCUAAGGGAAAUCUUAUGGUGGUUCCUCACUAUGGCUUCAUUCCGCAAGGGAAUGAGGGGCUUUUAAAGGUUGGUCAGAUUUUUCUCCCACCAAAUGAGUGCUUUCACAAGUUACAGAGCAUUUGUUUCCGUUUUAAAGUAAACUUUUGGAAUUUUUUCCCCCAUUUGAGUGGACCUGAAGGGUUUUGACCUCCUUCAGGAAAGGGAAGACAAAAACCUUAAACAUUUCCAGUGAGAUCUUCACACAACUUUAAGCUGCUUCAGGUCUCCUGAAAGUCACCAGGGAAUGUUAUUUCUUCAUUGUGAAGAUGGUGGUGGCCCUAAACUGAGAUUUUGGAGUUCUGGGGCUUGGUUAUCAUCAUGUUUUGAAUGCAUUGCAAGACUUCAUUGUCUGGUUUGGAAUGACUGCUGCAAAAAACAAAAACAAAAACAAAUCCUGCAAGAUCUCAGAGGAACUCUAGGACUGACUGACACCGGUUUCUUGAGGUUCUACAUUUCUCUUCAGCUUGUUCCACUUGUGCUUUAGGCCUUGUUUUAGUUCCUUUGUUUCCCCCUUUCUUUUCCAUUCUGCUAUUUUUUUUUUUCUGUGUUCUCAACUAUUGUAAGUCUUCAGAAAUAUCAGUAUGUCUUCUUAAUGUCACUAUGGAAACACAUUUUGAAAAAUGUUAUGUCAGUUGAGAAAACCUUAUACCCAGGUAUCUUCACCUUUUUAAUUGGGAGUAAUUUAUUAGUCUUUAGGGAGACAUUUUGGGAGGAUGAUUUGAAAAAGGACUCAAACCUCCCCAAGUUCACACACAUUGAUUAGAACUCUUCACAGAUUAGUUCUAGAGAAUGUAUGUAAUUGACCCAAGUAAAGAAUUAAAUCCUGAAACGCCUCAGGAAUUCAUAAAAGCCAACCAUGAAGAUGUUGAUUUUCCAUUAGGUAAGGUAGCCAUCUUGAGGAUGAGGGAAGAUGUUAGAAGAAUUUUAGAUGGACUGCUGAAGACAGGUGAGGAAGGCUCCAUGGUGGAAUGAAAACUUGGAGGAGAUUCAGGACCUGUUAAUGUAUUCUAAGGAAACUGAGUGGACCUUGUUUUCAACUAAGAAAUGUAGAAAGGUACCAGCUUCAACAGAAAUAAGGAACACAUUGGUUCCUAAUGUGAGAGGGUAAACCCAGAUCAUGGAGGUGCUUCAGUGUGAUGGCUGUGACUUCAGAGCUCCAUCUUAUGAAGAUCUCAAGGCACACAUUCAGGAUGUUCACACAGCAUUUCUGCAGCCAACUGAUGUUGCAGAGGACAGUGUUGACGAGCCACGAUCCGGGUCCAUGAAUGCCAGUAAUCAGACAGAGGUGGAGUUUUCUUCUAUAAAGGAUGAAUUUGUGAUUGCAGAGGACUUAUCAGGUCAAAAUGCAUCUGCAUUGGGGACCGGAAGUUACUAUGGCCACAGUUCAGGAUAUUACGGUCAGCAUAUUGCCCCUAACCCCAAACCAACAAACAAGUUUUUUCAAUGCAAGUUCUGCGUACGCUACUUCAGGUCAAAAAACCUUCUCAUAGAACAUACUAGGAAGGUCCAUGGAGCUCAAGCUGAAGGGAGUUCGGUGGGACCUCCUCUUCCAGGAUCCUUAAAUUAUAAUAUCAUGAUGCACGAGGGAUUUGGCAAGGUCUUCUCUUGCCAGUUUUGCACGUACAAGUCACCAAGAAGGGCAAGAAUAAUUAAGCAUCAGAAGAUGUAUCACAAAAACAAUUUGAAGGAGACCACUGCUCCUCCCCCUGCCCCUGCUCCGAUGCCAGACCCUGUGGUUCCACCUAUGGCCCUGCAGGACCCUUGCAAAGAACUGCCCGCAGAGGUCGUGGAGCGCAGCAUCUUAGAAUCCAUGGUCAAGCCUUUGACCAAGUCUCGAGGCAACUUUUGUUGUGAGUGGUGCAGCUACCAGACACCCCGCCGAGAACGCUGGUGUGAUCACAUGAUGAAGAAACACCGAAGUAUGGUCAAGAUUCUUUCUAGUAUCAGACAGCAACAAGAAGGGACUAAUCUACCUGAUGUGCAGAACAAAAGUGCCCCCAGCCCCCCUUCCAACUCCACCUAUCUAUCCAUGAAUGCUGCAAGCCGGGAGAUACCCAACACUAACGUCUCCAACUUCAGGGGCUCUGUUGGAAACUCCAUCAUGAGACCCAAUUCUUCUUCAGCUUCCAAGUUUUCUCCCAUGUCUUAUCCUCAGAUGAAGCCGAAGUCACCUCACAAUUCUGGCCUAGUUAACUUGGCAGAAAGAUCCCGUUAUGGAAUGUCUGACAUGACAAAUUCUUCCACUGACCUGGAAACUAACAGCAUGCUAAAUGACUCUAGUUCUGAUGAAGAGUUAAAUGAAAUAGACAGUGAGAAUGGUUUAAAUUCUAUGGAUCACCAGACAUCAGGUAUGUCUGCAGAGCAGCUGAUGGGCUCAGAUGGCAACAAAUUAUUGGAGACCAAGGGAAUACCAUUUAGAAGAUUCAUGAAUAGGUUCCAGUGCCCCUUUUGUCCUUUCCUCACCAUGCAUCGACGUAGCAUCUCUCGUCACAUUGAAAACAUCCACUUAUCUGGAAAGACAGCUGUCUACAAAUGUGACGAAUGUCCGUUUACUUGUAAGAGCUCGUUAAAACUUGGGGCUCACAAACAGUGUCACACGGGUACAUCAGAUUGGGAUGCUGUGAAUUCCCAGAGCGAAAGCAUUUCUUCAUUGAAUGAAGGUGUGGUGUCUUACGAGAGCUCAAGCAUCAACGGUAGAAAAUCAGGAGUCAUGCUGGAUCCCUUGCAACAGCAACAGCCACCGCAGCCACCGCCACCGCCACCACUGCCGCAGCCACAACCACAGCCACCACAGCAGCCACAGCUACAGGCACCACAUCAGCUGCCACCCCAGCCCCCACCAACACAGCAGCCACAGCCCCCCACGCAAGCCCCACCCCUGCACCCUUACAAAUGCACCAUGUGUAAUUAUUCCACCAUGACUCUGAAAGGGCUAAGAGUCCAUCAGCAGCACAAGCACUCGUUCUGUGACAACUUGCCAAAAUUCGAGGGACAGCCCUCAAGCCUGCCAUUGGAAAGUGAGACAGACAGCCACCCCUCUUCCAGCAACACUGUGAAGAAAAGCCAGACCUCAAUUCUUGGGUUGUCCUCCAAGAACAAUUUUGUAGCUAAGGCCCCUAGGAAACUUGCUAAUGACUUCCCUCUUGAUUUAUCACCCGUGAAGAAGAGAACUAGAAUUGACGAGAUAGCAAGCAACCUGCAGAGCAAAAUUAACCAAACGAAACAGCAGGAAGAUGCAGUGAUCAAUGUCGAGGAUGAUGAGGAAGAAGAGGAAGACAAUGAAGUGGAGAUAGAGGUUGAGUUGGACCGGGAAGAAGAGCCAACAGAGCCGGUCAUGGAGGUUCCCGGUUCCUUUUCAGCCCAACAGAUUUGGGCGAGAGAUGCCAGUGAACCCCAAAAGGAGCCCAACUUCAGAAAUAUCACCCAUGAUUACAAUGCCACCAAUGGGGCUGAGAUUGAGCUCACCCUUUCUGAAGAUGAAGAAGAUUAUUAUGGCUCCUCAGCAAACAUGAAAGAUCACCAAGUUACCAAUACUGCUCUGCUGAACACCCAACCUUCUAUCUAUGGAACUGAGCACAAUAAUGAAAAUACAGACUUUAGUGACUCUGGAAGGCUUUACUAUUGCAAACACUGUGACUUUAACAACAAAUCUGCCCGAAGUGUCAGCACCCACUACCAGCGAAUGCACCCAUACAUUAAGUUCAGCUUUAGGUACAUCUUGGACCCGAAUGAUCACAGUGCAGUGUACAGGUGCCUGGAAUGCUACAUCGAUUACACCAACUUUGAAGAUCUCCAGCAGCAUUACGGUGAACACCACCCAGAAGCCAUGAAUGUACUCAACUUUGAUCAUUCGGACCUGAUCUACCGGUGUCGGUUUUGUUCGUACACGAGCCCGAAUGUGAGAAGCCUGAUGCCACAUUACCAAAGAAUGCAUCCCACGGUUAAGAUUAACAAUGCGAUGAUAUUUUCAAGCUAUGUCGUGGAGCAGCAGGAAGGGCUGAAUACUGAAUCCCAGACACUGAGGGAGAUUCUGAAUUCAGCUCCCAAGAGCAUGGCGACUUCCACCCCCGUGGCUCGUGGUGGUGGCAUGCCGGCUACAUUUAAUAAAAACACUCCUUCAAAGACGUUUACUCCAGAAUGUGAAAAUCAGAAAGACCCUUCGGUCAACACUGUUGUUGUUUACGAUUGUGACGUUUGCUCAUUUGCAAGCCCCAACAUGCACUCUGUCUUGGUUCAUUAUCAGAAGAAACACCCUGAAGAAAAGGCCUCCUACUUUAGGAUCCAGAAAACCAUGCGAAUGGUGUCUGUGGACAGGGGAUCUGCCCUUUCUCAAUUGUCAUUUGAGGUGGGUGCUCCAAUGUCUCCCAAAAUGUCCAACAUGGGUUCCCCACCCCCCCCACAACCCCCGCCACCAGACCUCAGUACUGAGCUUUACUACUGCAAACACUGUUCCUACAGCAAUCGGUCAGUAGUGGGAGUGCUUGUCCACUACCAGAAAAGACACCCAGAGAUAAAGGUUACUGCCAAAUAUAUCAGACAGGCUCCUCCCACAGCCGCAAUGAUGAGAGGGGCCGAGGGGCCCCAAGGCUCCCCUCGGCCACCUGCCCACAUGCAACAGCUGAACCGCAGUAGCUCCGAGAGAGAUGUCCCUCCUGUGGAGACUGAGAUGUUCUUUUGCCAGCACUGUGAUUAUGGGAACCGGACGGUCAAAGGUGUACUCAUUCAUUAUCAGAAGAAGCACCGAGACUUCAAGGCCAAUGCAGAUGUGAUCCGGCAGCACACAGCCACCAUCCGAAGCCUCUGCGAUCGGAACCAGAAGAAGUCGGCCAGCUGUGUGCUUCUCCCCUCAUCUAAUGUGGAGCGGGACAAAGCUAAACUCCGAGCGCUCAAAUGUAGGCAGUGCUCGUAUACCUCCCCCUAUUUCUAUGCACUGAGGAAGCAUAUCAAGAAAGACCACCCUACCCUGAAGGCCACAGUCACGUCCAUCAUGCGGUGGGCCUUUCUAGAUGGUUUGAUAGAAGCUGGCUACCACUGCGAGUGGUGCAUCUAUUCUCACACGGAGCCCAGUGGUUUGCUGCUGCAUUACCAAAGGAGGCACCCAGAGCAUUAUGUUGACUAUACUUACAUGGCUACCAAACUCUGGGCUGGGCCAGACCCAUCCCCUCCCUCUCUCACGAUGCCAGCUGAAGCCAAAACCUACAGAUGCAGGGACUGUGUUUUUGAAGCCUCCUCUAUCUGGGACAUCACUAAUCACUACCAAGCAUUCCACCCCUGGGCCAUGAAUGGUGAUGAGUCGGUGCUGCUGGAUAUCAUCAAGGAGAAAGAUGCUAUUGAGAAGCCCAUCCCCCUGUCUGGAGAGUUGGGGGACCCUCUGAAUUGUGAAAAUAACAUGCCCACCCCAAUCCCCGAGCAGGAUGCUGAAUGCCCAGAGGAUGCAAGACUCUCCCCAGAGAAAAGCAUCCAGCUCUCUUCUGCCAACCCUGCCAUCUCCUCUACCCCGUACCAGUGUACAGUAUGCCAGUCUGAGUACAACAACUUGCACGGUCUGCUCACCCAUUAUGGGAAGAAGCACCCUGGCAUGAAAGUGAAAGCUGCUGACUUUGCCCAGGACAUCGACAUCAACCCAGGUGCUGUCUACAAGUGUAGGCACUGCCCCUACAUCAACACCCGCAUUCAUGGCGUUUUGACCCACUACCAGAAGCGACACCCGUCCAUCAAGGUGACCGCUGAGGACUUUGUACAUGACGUGGAGCAGUCUGCCGACAUAUCCCAGAAUGACGUGGAGGAGACGAGCAGGAUUUUCAAGCAAGGCUAUGGUGCCUACCGGUGCAAACUGUGUCCAUACACCCAUGGCACUUUGGAGAAACUCAAAAUCCACUAUGAGAAGUACCACAAUCAGCCUGAAUUUGAUGUCUUUUCCCAGUCGCCCCCGAAUCUGCCAGUGUCCCUUGAGCCCGAGAUUACCACUGAAAUGAGCCCCUCUCAAGUCCUGGUGACCGAGGAGGAGGUGGGAGAGGAGCCUGUGUCCACAUCUCACUUCUCUACCUCGCACCUGGUCUCCCACACUGUGUUCCGAUGCCAGCUCUGCAAGUACUUCUGCUCCACGAGGAAGGGGAUUGCCAGGCACUACCGCAUCAAGCACAACAACGUCCGAGCCCAGCCAGAGGGCAAGAACAACCUUUUCAAGUGCGCCCUGUGUGCCUACACCAACCCCAUCCGCAAAGGGCUGGCAGCCCACUACCAGAAGCGCCACGACAUCGACGCCUAUUACACCCACUGCCUGGCAGCCUCCAGGACCAUCAGCGACAAGCCCAGCAAGGUGAUCAUCCCAUCCCCACCCAAGGACGACUCCCCCCAGCUGAGCGAGGAACUCCGGCGGGCGGUGGAGAAGAAAAAGUGCUCCCUGUGCUCUUUCCAGUCCUUCAGCAAGAAGGGCAUCGUGUCCCAUUACAUGAAGCGUCACCCGGGGGUCUUCCCAAAGAAGCAGCACGCCAGCAAGUUGGGGGGCUACUUCACUGCCGUGUACGCUGACGAGCACGAGAAGCCGCUGCUGAUGGAGGAAGAGGAGAGGGGCAGCUUUGAGAAAGCCGAGGUGGAAAGCGAAGCUCAGGAAAUCGAGUGGCUGCCGUUUCGCUGCAUCAAAUGCUUCAGGCUCUCGUUCAGCACGGCAGAGCUGCUGUGCAUGCAUUACACCGACCACCACAGCCGGGACCUCAAGAGAGACUUCGUCAUUCUGAGCAGCGGCCCCCGCUUGCAGAGCUCCACCUACCAGUGCAAGCACUGUGAUAGCAAACUGCAAAGCACAGCGGAGCUGACCUCACACUUGAACAUUCACAAUGAGGAAUUCCAGAAGCGUGCCAAACGUCAGGAGAGGAGGAAACAGCUUUUGAGCAAGCAGAAAUAUGCAGAUGGUGCUUUUGCAGAUUUCAAACAAGAGAGGCCUUUUGGUCACUUAGAAGAGGUGCCAAAGAUCAAGGAGAGGAAAGUGGUGGGCUACAAGUGUAAAUUCUGUGUGGAAGUGCACCCGACGCUCCGAGCCAUCUGCAACCACCUCCGAAAGCACGUCCAGUACGGCAGCGUCCCGGCCGUGUCUGCCGCCGUGAAGGGGCUGCGUUCUCAUGAGAGGAGCCAUCUGGCCCUGGCCAUGUUUACCCGGGAGGACAAGUACAGCUGCCAGUAUUGCUCCUUUGUUUCUGCUUUCAGGCACAAUUUGGAUCGCCAUAUGCAAACCCACCACGGACACCAUAAACCAUUCCGAUGCAAACUCUGCUCCUUCAAGUCCUCCUAUAACAGCCGGCUGAAAACCCAUAUACUCAAAGCCCAUGCUGGUGAACAUGCCUACAAGUGUUCUUGGUGCUCGUUUUCCACCAUGACAAUCAGCCAGUUGAAAGAACACUCCCUCAAGGUCCACGGAAAAGCCCUGACCCUCCCCAGGCCUCGAAUUGUCAGUCUCCUCUCCUCACAUGCCCACCACUCCUCACAAAAAGCUACCCCAGCUGAAGAAGUGGAAGACUCCAAUGACUCUUCAUACUCAGAGCCCCCAGAUGUUCAGCAGCAGUUGAACCACUACCAGUCAGCUGCCCUGGCAAGGAACAACAGCCGUGUGAGCCCUGUGCCUCUCUCUGGGGCCACUGCUGGCACUGAGCAGAAAACCGAAGUCGUUCUUCACUGCGAAUUCUGUGAAUUCUCCUCUGGCUACAUCCAGAGCAUCAGGCGCCAUUACCGGGACAAGCAUGGCGGGAAGAAGCUCUUCAAGUGCAAAGAUUGCUCCUUUUACACAGGCUUUAAAUCUGCUUUUACUAUGCACGUGGAAGCUGGCCAUUCAGCUGUUCCCGAGGAGGGCCCCAAAGAUCUUCGCUGUCCUCUCUGCCUCUAUCACACCAAAUACAAACGCAACAUGAUCGAUCACAUCGUGCUGCAUCGAGAAGAGAGAGUUGUCCCCAUUGAAGUGUGCCGUUCCAAACUGUCAAAAUACUUGCAGGGAGUAGUUUUCCGCUGUGAUAAGUGUACCUUCACCUGCUCCAGUGACGAGAGCCUCCAGCAACACAUAGAAAAGCACAAUGAACUGAAACCUUACAAAUGCCAGCUCUGCUACUAUGAGACCAAGCACACAGAGGAACUGGACAGCCACCUCCGGGAUGAGCAUAAGGUCAGCCGGAACUUUGAGCUGGUUGGACGGGUUAACUUGGAUCAGCUGGAACAGAUGAAGGAAAAAAUGGAGAGCUCCAGCAGUGAGGAUGAAGACAAGGAAGAAGAAAUGAACAGCAAGGCUGAAGACAGAGAUCUUAUGAGAUUUUCUGAUCAUGGGGCUGCUGUUAACACUGAGAAGCGUUUUCCAUGUGAAUUCUGUGGACGGGCGUUUUCACAGGGCUCCGAGUGGGAAAGGCACGUGCUAAGGCACGGCAUGGCUUUGAAUGACACCAAGCAGGUGAGCAGAGAAGAAAUCCAUGCAAAAGAGAGCUUGGAGGACGGUGUCAAGAUGCCCUCCAUAGAAGAAAAGGAAGGUGACGAGGCAAUCGGGAUAGACUUUUCCCUAAAGAAUGAAACGGUAGCCAUCUGUGUGGUAACUGCCAACAAAUCUCUCCUGGAGAAUGCAGAGGCCAAAAAAGAAUAAGCGUUUGGUGAAAUUCUUAAUCAAACCUUACUUGAACAGUGAUGAAAAGGUGGGUGGGCCAGCUUGGGCUGAGAAGGGAGGGACAGAAAAGAGAAGACAGAAACAAAGCUGCUUUUUAGGACUGAACAAUCUAUUUUCAAAGCACUGGUACCUUUGUGAAUGAGUAUGUAAAUUAAAGUUAUUUAAAUGGUUGGAAUAUGUGGCUCCUUUUCCAUCACUGCAUCUUUUCUUCCGGAUCUUCACGGAAGUUCCAUUCGUUGCGGAAUAUGGAAGCACCUCGCGUGUACAUGGUGUACUCUGUGGCGGUCUUGGACAGAACGUGGAGGCCAGAUGCUCCGUGACCGUAGAAGACUUCUCAGAGGGGAACAACUUCUUGACGCACAACUUUUGGUGCGUUUUUCUAGUUUUAAUACCUUAAGCUUUUUCAAGACCUAACUGCAGCCGCUUUGGGGAAAAAAAAAAAAAAAAACUGCUUUGCAUAAAACAGUCACCUGUUUCCUAGUACCUCAAAAUUAACCAAGGGAAUUCUCUGCAUUUGUCAGUACUACCUGUCGUCGUCGUGGUUAAAUGUAGAGAGAACUGCUGGGCAAGAUGGUGAAUGGAGGAAAAAAAAAAGAGUUUUAAAGAAAGGAACACAAAUUGUGCUUAAAAUCCCCACGUGGGUUUUAUUUCUUAAAAUACUGUGAUUUUUUUAAUUAUUUUAGUAAAAAACAAAACAAAAAAAGAAACAGACAUUAAUUAUUAGAUAACUGUUUGUGAAUUGUCAUCCUUUAUUCCAGGUAAGCUGUUUAUUAGUGUUCAACUAUAAUUUAGAAUUUGGUAGGUUCAUGUGAGCUAAUUUUAAGGUGAUGUGCAGUUUUGUUUGCCACAUGUUUAUUUUCUAUCAAUUUGAGUGUUACAAACACAGCACAAUUCAGUUUUUCAUAUAAAUUGUUUUUGUGUGUGUGUGUGUGUGCGUGUUAUUGUUGUUUCGAUUUGGGGGCAAGGGAGAUUUAGUUUUUUGUGAAUAGGAAUGUUUUUAUUUUAAAACAUGAAAAUAACAAAGAUGUUAACUUUUUUUUUUUUUUUAAUUUAACUAAAGAACCAAACUUUCGGCACAGCUAUGCAGCUUGUGGGCCAGACGAGAGGUCCUCUUCACCCUUUUGUUGCUUGUCCAAUUAACACAGUAUCUGUCUCACACAAAUAAUUUCUGUUAGGUGAGCUGGCUUUUAUGUGUGAAUUUAAAAUAUGUUCUGUUUUUGUUUGUGUUGUGCUUUAGACGUUUUCUCAUUUAUUAGGGGAGAAGAAGGAUGGUUAGAAUCCCAUUCCUUUGGUGAGAAUGGACAAGAAAUACUUAAAUCCUACAAGGAGCCUGGAGAACUACUUUUUUUUUUUUUUUUUUUUAAUCUAGCUGCCAGCUGCUCUGUUUCCCCUAUAUUAGCUUCUUCAGGAGGGGAGCAGCUUAGACUAAAUCUAAGUCUAUAUAAUAUGUUCUGAUUGUGAACAAAGGGUUUCGUUCCACAAAGUAGAAAAGAACUUUCCUUGAAGCUUAGGUUUUAGAAGUAUGUGUGUGUGUGCGCGCACGUGCGCGUGCAUGCACGCGCUCGCACUUGUAUGUGUGUGUACGUGGGUGUGAGUCCUUUGGUUUUCAUGUUUUUGUUUUUGUUUUUUUUUUAACUUGGAAGGGUUGGGGGGGGAGGGAGGGCAGAAAGGGAAGGGGAAUUGCUGAGAUGACAGUGUCCCACACAGCUUCAAAUAAAAUCCAUGGAAAGAUGUUGCAUUUGUGGAAUAAGUGCUUACUUGAAAAGCAUGUUUUUCUUUUAUUUUCUUGCUGUUAAAAUUUUUUAUUUGUCGGGUGUUUAAUUUAAUUUUUUUUUUUUAGGGAUGGGGCCAUCAUGUGGAAACCAGAAAAUGGGGAAGGUGUGAACUAUCUAGACAAAGAUUCAUUUUGUGUCCUUAAUUGUUUUUAAUUGGCCUCAUUUCAAAUGUAUUAAACAGUUCCAUACCUGGAUUGGGUGUUUGUAAUGGUUACCAAAAAA